AUGGAUACUAUCAACCCUCACCGGCAGGCCUUCUUGGCCAUCAGAGAGCGCGCUGCAAUGGACCCUGAUUAUCAUUUCCGUCACAAUCCCCAUGAGCGUCGUCGUCGCGCCCUUGCUAAGCUGGACGAAGCUCCCUUUGGCUGGGCACAUAUUCACACCGUUAUCAUCACCGGCCUUGGCCUCUUCGCCAGCGCCUAUGAGAUGUUCGCCCUCAACCUGGCUGUCACCAUGCUCGGGAUUGUUUAUUGGCAAGGUCAAGACUCUGGUUCUGGUACGAUUCCUUUCGGCCUGGAGGCUGUCAUCAAGAUUGCCACUCUCGCUGGUGCUGCGGUCGGACAGCUCCUCCUCGGUUGGCUCGCAGACCGUAUUGGCCGCAGACGUGUGUACGGCUAUGGACUGACGGUCAUUAUCCUUACUACUCUGGCUCAGGCUAUGUCCUCUUCCUCUCGUGCCCUUACUAUGUCUGGUAUUUUAAUAUUCUGGCGGAUAAUCAUGGGCGUUGGAAUCGGUGGCGUCUAUCCUCUUUCUUCUGUGAUAACUUCAGAGUUUGCUCCCACUAAGUGGCGUGGUGCCAUGAUGAGUGCCGUCUUUGCCAUGCAAGGUUUCGGCCAAUUUGCAGCCGCCAUAAUCUCCCUGAUUGUCACGGUUAGUUUCAAGGAGUCCCUGGAGAGUGCCAAGGACGUUGCUCACUGCACCGGGGCUUGCCAGCUCGCUGUCGACAAGAUGUGGCGUUGGACCAUCGGAAUAGGGGCCAUCCCCGCCUGUUUUGCACUCUAUUACCGUCUGGCCAUUCCUGAGACGCCUCGGUUUACCUUCGACAUCUCCCGCGAUAUCAUUAAGGCAGAUAAGGAUGUUCGCAGCUACUUGAGGAAACGGAGGGAGAACGGCACAAGGGAGCCAGUGUACACCCCUCCGAUUCAGAUUGGUACCCCUGACUUUGGUCCCAAGGCGAGCUGGUCCGAUUUCUACGGUCGCUACUCUCAGUGGAAACAUGGGAAAGUUCUACUAGGUGCAGCAGCGUCCUUUUUCUUUCUCGAUAUUGCAUUUUACGGUCUUGAUCUGAAUAACUCGAUCAUCCUUGGCGCUAUCAACUGGACUGGUGCGAAAAAUGUUUACGAAAUCCUCUACCGCAAUGCUGUCGGAAACCUUAUCUUGAUCUGCGCUGGUGCCAUUCCUGGAUACUUGGUUACCAUCGCCACUGUUGACAAGAUCGGACGCAUCCGUAUUCAACUCCUGGGGUUCCUCAUACUGUCUGCCCUUUUCGCCGUGAUUGGCCUUGCUAAUCUGGACCAAAAUGACAGCGGUCUGCUGGCUCUUUACGUCUUGACACAAUUCUGCUUCAACUUCGGCCCCAAUGCAACCACAUUCAUCGUGCCCGGCGAGUGCUUCCCCACACGCUACCGCGGCACUGCCCAUGGAGUCAGUGAAGCCGUCGGCAAGAUUGGUGCCAUUAUGGCGCAGUGUGUCUUUGUUCCUCUUGUUUACCGGGGCGCAAAGGCUCCUGGCGAUGCACCCUGGCUCGAUCAUGUUAUGCAAAUCUUCUCUGGGUUCAUGAUUUGCGGGUUUGCAGCUACCUUCUUCAUCCACGAGACGAAGCGCCGGAGUCUGGAGGUGCUUUGUGGAGAGAUGGAUCCGCCUCCUCGAACCCAGCAUGCAUACGUCAGGGAGGAAAUCCCACUUCGAGAAGUUGGGCCUGCCCCGUCUGUUUCCGCCGCCCCAAGACCUUAG